AUGACAAAAACACUAUUUUUGUUCGCAUUACCAUUAUGCACAUUCGCCUACGAAAACAUUGCUUUACACAAGAGUGCUUGGCAGUUAUAUCCUUACGAAAAUACAGAAGUUAGAGACUAUGUGAACGCGUCCAAAGCUGUUGAUGGACUCAAAACAAACCUGUCAUUUUAUGGACAACAAUGCACUGGAUCCGCAAAUAACAAAUAUGAAGCCAUUUUGCGAGUUGAUCUUGGGGCCAUUCUAGGCAUCCAUUCCAUCACAGUAUAUUAUAGAACCGACAACGUAGAAUGGGGACCUACAAACGGGUUUGUCAACAGAUUCCUAGGAUUCUCUAUAUACAUAUCAAACACGACAGAAAUAAAAGACGGGAUUCUCUGUUUUAAGGACGACUAUUUUACCAAGUACACCAUUCCAUCUGUGAUAACAUUGAACUGUACUCACCACGGUAGAUACGUCAUCUACUACAACAACAGAACAUCGAACAAUAUUCCUCCUGACUACUCACUGUAUGCUUACAAUGAAUUAUGUGAGUUUGAAGUCUAUGGUUGUUCUACUCCUGACCAUUUCGGAAAAAACUGCUCCUUGCCGUGCCCAGUUUCUUGUAACAACAGUCGCUGUCACAUAGAGACGGGCCAUUGUUUUGAAUGUGAAGAUGGAUAUCAGGGUCCUAAAUGUGAACAACCUUGUCUCAACAACACAUAUGGGGCAGAAUGUUUAAAGAUAUGUGGACAAUGUCUCAGUGAACAACAAUGUAACCAUAUAAACGGAACGUGUACAAUUGGAUGUGAGACAGGCUAUUACAGUGAUCACUGCAAAAUAGAAUGUCCUGCUGGAAAAUAUGGAAACAACUGUUUGCAGAACUGCAGUGAGAAUUGUUAUAUAGCAAAGACUUGUGACAGAAAGACUGGUGUCUGUCACAGGGGGUGUGCUGUAGGAUGGAAAUUACCUUUUUGUAAUGAAGAAUGUGAUGACGGAACAUUUGGAGCAAAUUGCAGCAGUGUUUGUGGUCACUGCCAUCAAGGACAGUCAUGUGACAUUGAAACGGGGACGUGUCUUAAGGAAUGUGACUCUGGAUACGAAGGGAUCUAUUGUAACAAAACAUGUGCUCAAACUUAUUAUGGACCGAAUUGCAACUUGAAGUGUAGUACUUCUUGUAUCAACAAAACAUGUGAUUCCAGAAGUGGAACGUGUCUUAUGACAAGUAAAGAAAAAGAAAUAAUUGAAGGUACCUCCUCCGCGCCUGCUAUUGGAGGGUCUAUCGGAGUCAUACUCGUUGUAAUAGCAAUUGCAGUUAUCAUUAUAUAUAGAAGGUUCUACCGGUUCGUCGGAAAACACUUCACAUGUGCCUAA